AUUCGACACUCCAGCCGAAGAACUGGCCGUGAUAACAGCGCCCUCUCUGUCUCUCUCCUAGUGUUGUCUCCAUCGUCCUCCUCCCCCUUUGCCUCCCUCCCAAGUUCCAACGCCGUGUUCGCCGCCCUCUCCCUCUACCGGCCUCCACACCGUCUCCAUCGGCCGGCCCGCCCCAUUGCCCACACGACGACAGUUCUCAGCUCGUCUAACGCUUAGCCGCUGAAGCCAUUGGAGAGGCGAUAUGGGAAGCCCCCGGUGACGAUGCGGCUACCGCAGCACACGGAGCGUGCGGGUUCGCCGAAAACCUGCAGCAUCUUCCAAGCGUGGCUGCCCCGUCACCUUCGCUGUCCCGGUCCUGUCUCGCAGCUGCUGGUCCUGUGCGCUGUCCCUGGAUGCCCACGCCGUCGAUGCCACGGACACCUCAUAGGUAAUCAUGAUCCCUAAUCCUACUUGCCUUUUGUGCGGGCCACUGGUUCAUAAGUAUUUAGCUGAUUCGUACACUAUGGAGGGUCUGAGUCCUGUGCGGCUCUUGAUUACUAGAUGGAUGCAGAUCACUUGCUGCUUGUGAGGAUACCAGUGUCCAGCAACACAUCCCCGAUAGAUUUAGACCCGUUGGACAUUGUGGAAACCUACAUAUCGUGGCCUCCAAUUUUGUUAUUUUUUGAUGAACGCGAUAGCCCUCAGUUCUGAUGAUGCACAUGGUCUUAGGUUCACGAAAUGUGCCAUGAUCUGAACUUUAAAUCUGGUUUGAUUUUCUGAAGGCCUUUGGUAGUAUUUGCUGCAACCAGUGUCCUGUUUGACCUUUUACAGAGCCGCGUUGUACACAACAUUUUUUGCAUUUGUUCAGUUCUUCUUCUUCCCGGUAUGCUGAUUUAGAACCACAUGGAAUAAGGACGUCGACACAUUCUACACUGAAUAAUGAACCUAUCAUUUGUUUGUAUCAGCAGGCCAUAAACUGCUUCAUCCCAAUCAUGGACCGUCGUUUCUUUAAACAUAUUGAUGGCCACCUUUUGUUUUUUUAAGAAGAAUUUGAAGAACAUGCUCCCGUCUGCAGCACUGUUCCUAAACGGUAUAAAAGCACCUGUACUGGUCUUCACCAAGCAAGCACCUCAGACACCAACAUCUACACACAAUCACAGUCACAAUGGAGGCCGGAGGGUUAGUCAGGGUCAGGGAGGCCGGCUGGGCCAGGUUCGACUUGCUACCCCAUGGCUAGGAGCCGGAGGUCGUAGCGCAGCUGCUCUGCACCCAGCAUGAGUUGCCUUGGUCCGAUCAAAGCUUCUUCCGUACAGUGACAACAACAUGCCACAUAUUCUUUUGGCAAUUUGUAUUGCUUUUAAAAAAAAUCUACUUCUUUCACUAAAAACUUCCUUAUCCAUGUGAUAUCCGAUGUAUUCUACAUAACUCCAAAAUUGCUACCGGGCAAUACUCACCCUUACCUAUUCUUUUAACUGAUAUGUCCACCUUUUCAGGUUAUUUUGGCUAUUCAUUUUAAUGAUUGUAUGUAUGUGCCUAUGUAUGAUAAAAAAAAUAAUGUCGUUUUUUUACCAAUGUAUUGUGCCCUGUGCUCUAUAUCUUUAAUGACUUUUUAUGGGAUUUCCGUAGAUAGCUCCCUCCGUUAUUUAUUUGUUUAUAGUUCAAAAAUAAAAUAACGGACAACAAAUAUUCGAGAACGGGAUUAGUAUAUAAUAGCUGAUUAUGACUAUCUUUUUUAAAACUAUUUGUUCCAAACUUGAUGGACAUCUCGAGGACCAAAGUGACACAUUAAAGAGUUAUAGCUUCAUACAAAACAGGUUAAGUUGCACUAUUUCCUCUACAUUUUUAGAUCUACCACUUAUAUUAGUGUUUUUUCUUCAUUUUAAGAAAUUGCAUCGCACCUUCCAUUUGUUUAUGUAAAAAACUAUCACUAUUGUGUUCUACAUAGGAUCUUAUUUACAUACAUAUUUUAGUGGACCAUAAAAAAAACAGCGCGCGCAGGGCGCGCGUUAGACACCAGUACAUACAUAUUAAAGCCCGACGCAAAACGUGCAUCUCCUUAAGCCAUGUCACCACUAAAAUCUUGAUCGUCGGAUCUGCUUUGGACGGUCUCAUCAAGAAGAACGCGUAGCUUCCAGACUUUCCUCGAGCAUACUUUGUUACCAGCCUGGCAAAUUGAAAAGCCAACAUGAAUCAAACGUCGGCGCGCGGUGGAUCUGAAGCCUGUGUGGGGGCGCGGUCGGCGAGGAGCUGGGGCGCGCGUCCCCGCCCAGCUCCCCCGUCGUGGCACUGGACCGCCACGCCUGCGUCCACCAAGAGACGUCCGCACCACCCUCGUCCACGAGCAGCUCCAACGACCUCAUCGCCGCAUUGCGCCUGCUCCUGCGCUGCAGGCUCCGGUUACCGUCGGUGCCCACACCGAGGAAGGCGUAAUCCACGCCAAGCAACCCAGUUACUGAGCUACUGAGCUGCAACCUCCGAUAUCGCGCACGUGUCCAGGAGCAUUGAGGAGGCUUGGUACGAUUGCUUGGCGAUGAGCGAGUCGGAUGUCGAAGACGAUUUCCAAUGUGCAAGAUGGGCUUGUUCGGUUAGCUCUCAAUCCAUGUGGAUUGAGUGGGAUUGGAUGGGUUUGAAACCCAAACAAGUCAAACCUCUUCUCAUUUUUUUCCAAUCUCAUUCAAUCCAUGUGUUUUGGGAAUAACCGAACAAGCCCUUACUGGAUGAGCUUCUCCGCUACCAUUCAGAUCCUUUUUCACAUGGCUUCGAAAACGAAGCUGCAUUGAGCAUGAGAGAUGAUGGCAGCGAUGGGAGCUUCAAUGGAGCUGUACAAUCAGGCGAGCAGCACCAUAAAAAGCCAAAGUCUAGCGAACGACUGUUAAAGGGGAGCUCGGAGAAUGGUGUGACUGUGUGAGAUCGUCCAGACUCCAGACCAUGAGCCAUGAUGAUGCGGUGAGUGUUUCUGGUGCGAACAUCACUCACGGUGGAGGCAGGAUACUCGACUUGCUUCUGCCAAAUAUUUGUCUGCCAUGAAUUACAUAUCGGUCAAAGACUUGCGCGAGGCGCGAGCCAUUUACUAGUGAUGUACAAGAAUCCGAUCGAGCCAACGAUUCAGACCGGUCUGUAUCGGCGGGUAGCGGCAACUGGCAGGUCCAGUCAAGCCAACCACCGGCGAGUGGCAGUAGCGGCGGCGGCGGUACAUGUAACACAUGAUUGGAAGUGACACUGUGGUCUGUGGAAGCCUGCGUGGCUGCGUAUGGCAUGCCACAGUAUUUCCCAUCAUCUAGAGCGUCAAAUCCAGCGAUUCCAACUCCGCAGGCCGGGUCACCGCCAAGCAGUGCCCAAGAGGAGCCGGAACAGUGACGCGCACACGCACGCCCAGUAGUCUUUCCAUUUCACAGCCAACUGGUCGCCGUGGCAGAGGAGAUUCGCAAAAGAUCGGCCGGUCGGAUCACCGCCAGUAGUCUGAGCUUGCCGGCCACGAUUCGCCGCCGGUCUCUAUCCGCCCGGGUUCCUCUUCACAGUCACAGGCGUCCACAUCGUGACAUCGCCAGCGUCAGAACUGGAACAACAAACAGUUCGUGGAAACUUCCAAGCUGGACCCCGCCCAGCCAAAGUCCAAGGCGAGAGGAUGACUGGACAGGCGGCACGCGCGCGGACGCGAUGACGGACAAGGACUAGGCCCGGCCUAUCUACUCCAGUCUCCAGAUCGCAAUCGCAAAUGAAAAAUAAGUGCUUACCCUGGACUGGUCACCGGUUGCGGUGAGCUAACUGGCUCCGGAUUAUAAAACCGGCAGCGCCAGCCGCCAGAGCGCGAUUGCACUGCAAGCGCAGAUCUCAAUUAGGAGUACACAACAAGUGGAGUUCGACGGAUGUGAAGUGAAUUGCGGCCUUUCUUGGUUGCCGUCUUGCUGCUAUGGUUGACUUGCGGUCCCUACUCGUCGCCGGCGUCGUCCUCCUCGCCGGACUGGCCGUCCUCGUCCACGGCGCCGGGGACGAGCAGUUCGUCUACUCGGGCUUCACCGGCGCGCCGCUCGCGCUGGACGGCACGGCCACCAUCACGCCGUCGGGGCUGCUGGAGCUCACCAACGGCACGGCGCAGCUCAAGGGCCACGCCGUGCACCCGGCGCCGAUGCGGUUCCAGCGGACACCCGGCGGGCCCGUGCGCUCCUUCUCGGCGUCCUUCGUGUUCGGCAUCAUCCCGCCCUACUCCGACCUCAGCGGCCACGGCAUCGUCUUCUUCGUCGGCAGGGACAGCUUCGCCACCGCGCUGCCCAGCCAGUACCUGGGCUUCCUCAACUCCAGCAACAACGGCAACUUCACCAACCACGUCUUCGGCGUCGAGCUCGACACCAUCCAGAGCACCGAGUUCAAGGACCCCGAUAACAACCACGUCGGCAUCGACGUCAACAGCCUCACGUCCGCCAACGCCAGCACCGCCGGCUACUACGACGACGGCACCGGCGCGUUCCACGACCUGACCCUGAUCAGCGCCAAGCCCAUGCAGGUCUGGUUGGACUACGACGGCGAGACGGCGCAGGUCAACGUGUUCCUGGCUCCCCUCAGGACACCCAAGCCUACCAGGCCUCUGGUGUCGGCCGCGCAGAACCUGUCGGGAGUGGUCGUGGACCCGGCGUACGUGGGCUUCUCGUCCGCCACUGGCACGGUGAGGUCGGAGCACUACGUGCUCGGCUGGAGCUUCGCCAUGGACGGCCCUGCUCCGGACAUCGACAUCGCCAGCCUGCCCAAGCUACCACGGUUCGGCCCCAAUCCGCGGUCCAAGGUCUUGGAGGUCGUGCUGCCGAUCGCCACCGCGGCGUCCGUCCUCGGCGUGGUGGCGGUCGUGGUUGCGCUCGUCCGACGGCGGCUCAAGUACGCCGAGCUGCGGGAGGACUGGGAGGUCGAGUUCGGGCCGCACCGCUUCACGUACAAGGACCUGUUCCGCGCGACGGAGGGAUUCAAGACCAAGAUGCUUCUCGGCGCCGGGGGAUUCGGGAGAGUGUACAGGGGAGUGCUCCCGAAAUCCAAGCGGGAGGUUGCCGUCAAGAAGGUGUCUCACGAAUCGAGGCAGGGCAUAAAGGAGUUCGUCGCCGAGGUGGUCAGCAUCGGCCGUCUCCGACACCGGAACAUCGUCCAGUUGCUCGGCUACUGCCGGCGGAAAGGCGAGCUUCUCCUGGUGUACGACUACAUGCCCAACGGCAGCCUUGACAAGUACCUCUACGGCAAGGACGACAAGGCCACGGCGACGCUGGAUUGGGCGCAGAGGUUCCGGAUCAUCAAAGGCGUGGCGUCAGGGUUGCUGUACAUCCACGAGGACUGGGAGCAGGUGGUCAUCCACCGAGACAUCAAGGCCAGCAACGUCUUGCUCGACAGCGACAUGAACGGACGGCUGGGGGACUUUGGUCUCGCGAGGCUGUACGACCAUGGAGCCGACCCGCAAACAACCCAUGUCGUUGGCACCAUGGGGUACCUCGCGCCAGAGCUGGCGCGGUCAGGGAAAGCGUCCCCUCUCACCGACGUGUUCGCCUUCGGGGCAUUCAUCCUCGAAGUCGUCUGUGGCCGGAGACCCGUGGAGCAGAGCAUGACCGACAGCCGGCUCAUGCUGGUGGACUGGGUGCUCGAGCACUGGCAGAACGGAACCCUCGCCGACGUGAUCGACGCGAAGCUCAAGGGGAGUUGCGACGAGGAGGAGGCCAUGCUGGCGUUGAAGCUAGGGCUGCUGUGCUCGCACCCGUUGCCCGCUGCGAGGCCCAGCAUGCGGCAGGUCAUGCAGUAUCUCGACGGCGACAUGCCCUUCCCUGAGCUCACGCCGUCGCACCUCAGCUUUAGCAUGCUGGCCCUCAUGCGGAGCGAAGGGUUCGAUUCCUUUAUCCUGUCGGCGUCGACGACGCAGCCGUUGUCGUCCACGGCGAUGAGUAUAGGGACUAUGACUGGCCUCUCUGAUGGGAGAUGACGAGCGCGCUGUCUUGCUGGAGCAUGUACAUUGGAUGGCGCCAGUACGUACCAGUAGUAUGCUAUGCUGUAGAGUUGCCAAUUUUACAAUUUCUUGAAGCUGGAGGAGCAACUCUAGUACUCUACCAAUAACAUGUAACAUCCCGCCGAUUCCCGGACCGGCGCUAUUUUCUGGUGACAACCAUCUAGAACCAUAGACCAUCCUAACAGACAUAAAUAUUUUAUACGCAUUUUAUCCUUACUUAUA